UGCACGUUUCAAUAAUCAAUGCGACCUAUUAAGUGCAUUACAAUGUUGUAAUAACGACCUUUGUUUUAAGCUUUUGUUUUGACAGUUGGACUAUAAUGAUUAAAAUUGUUUACAGACGCUCGCUUGAGUCUAUUUUUAUUCACUCAAUGGCAGUUAUGUCAGCCCGGUAUAAUUAUCAGCCAAUCGAAACGAUAGUUAAAUUUAAUUGUCACGCGAACGCGUAAACAUUAACAAAUAUGGGACAAUGUAACCAUGGACAUUUUUUUGACACUGAUCAAAUAGCCGAACAAACAGAUAUAUCCGAAAUGUAUUCAUAUUGACAAGUUAACAUCUUUAAUUAUCUACAAGCCAGCACAUGAACAAAUACAGACAUCUUGAAAUAAUCAAACACACAUGUGCAUGCAGAGACGUAGAUGUUAUCUACGUCUCUGGUGAAUGCCUUCCCUCAGAUGACGUCAAGUGGACAGUGAAUGAUCCAACCUCUUGGCCAAAUGUGACCUAUGAGGAUUUGGUUGACUACCUUGUGAUGGCCAAAGCGUAUGAUGGAAAAGCGAUGAAAUCAUUUCGAUCACUGUAUGCAUACAACUAUGUUCAAAAUGGCUGGUUAGGGGACAUAAUGUGGAGCUCACACAACAACAUCCAGUUUCUAAAAGCUAAAGUGUCUCCAUCUCAACCAGGAGUUGGCCGUGCUGAUUACAUGGCUUGGGUGGCAAUAGCAGAUGAUUCUACAAUCCUCACAGGCUAUUGUACAUGUCCAGCAGGCACAGGCAGGAGCUGCAGCCACAUCUCGGCCAUUAUUUAUGCUGUGGCAUUAGCAUGGAACCAUGGACUCGCAGGAAAAACCUGUACAGACAAGGAUAGGCUGUGGGGUAGAGGUGCAGGGACAGCUGUGCUGCAUGAGGAGUUUGAGAACAUUAACUUCGAAAGACCAAAGCCAGACGAUGCACCAAUACUUAAAAAAACACAAAAAAAGGCGACAGGAACCCAACUGCCAAAAAUAAGAUCAUUCCUUGAUCACUCUGAUCUUCAAGAUCAUGCCAGUGAGUCGUGCACCAACAAGCUGUGGACAUGUAAAGGUACACUGCUCCAAAAAAUCUUGAGUGCGAAGGAAAAACCAGUGAAUGAGAUGAAGUCAGUGGAACACAGUGACCACACCAUAGACCCAUCAAGGCCAGUUAACGAAGUUACUUGUCAGCCGUGUGAUGCAUUUUAUAAGAAAUACAUAAAUCUUUCUGCUGAGGCAAAGACCAACAUCAGCCAAGCUACCUCCUUGCAAUGCUCGACGCUAUGGAGUGAUGCUCGAAAGCUGAGGAUUUCAUCGAGUAAGGUCCAUGCUCUUCCUAAAACAAGCCGUGCAGACCCAAACAAGUUCGUGACAAACCAGAUCUACCCACGGUUUAAAGGGAACAGUGCCACUCAGCAUGGGCAAAAGUAUGAAGCUGAAGCCAGAGCUUGGUUUGAGCAGAACACUGGCCUAAAAGUGGUUCAAACUGGCGUUGUCAUCGACCAGACAGAACCAUAUCUUGCUGCAAGUCCAGAUGGACUUGUUGGCGAGGACACCAUUCUUGAAAUUAAGUGCCCAACAAAGCCCUUGAGGGAACUUAUUCAAAGCGGAACAUAUGAUGUUGUGCCCACCAAAUCAGGGGACCACUGCCUUAACCCAAAAGGACGAAAUGGGUACUACACACAAGUGCAGAUAGCUAUGCACUGCACUACACGACACCACUGCAAAUUUGUUGUGUGGACAAAAGCCGAGGGAUUAAUAGUGGAUGUUCCCUAUGACGCCAACUUUGUUAGAAUUAGAGAGUUCUACUUCAAACACCUGUUAGUCCGUCUGGUAGAUGAGCAUAAUUUUAAGAGAUUAAUGAUAUCUGAUCAAUACAAACACUACUGUUGAUAGCAGUUUGAGGCAAAUAACAAUAGUGUUUGUAUUGAUCAGAUAUCAUUAAUCUCUACAACAACAGAUAGCAGUUUAAGGCAAAUAACUCUAAUACAACAACAGAGUCGACUCUAACACAACAACUUCUACAGGAGUUCCCAUCAGGGUAUACCCUGUUUGGAAGUUAUGCGUGAAUGCAAUGACAUACUUGUGGGUUCAUAUAAAAAACAAAGAUCUAUUUAGGUUAAUAUAUAUAAGUGAUUAUUUAUUAACAUUUCUAUUAUAUUUCCUGAAUAAUGAAAUAAUGAUAACCAUAACCACACGAGUACUAAUGAGUCGCGUUCUGAGAAAACAGGGCAUAAUGCAUUGGCGUCAAGUAUCAUCCCAAAUUAGCCUGUGCAGUACGCACAGGCUUAUCAGGGACGACACUUUCCGCCUAAAUUGGAUUUUUGCUAAGAAGAGACUUCAAUUAAACGAAAAAUGUAAAAAAAGUGGAAAGUGUUUUCCAUGAAUAGCCUGUGAGGAUUGCACAGGCUAAUCUGGGACGACAAUUUACACACAUGUAUUAUACCCAGUUUUCUCAGAAAAUGACUAUCAUUAUAAUUAUUAAUUGUAGAAUAAAUAAUAAAUAUGAAUUUAAAUCACUAAAGCUACAUUCUAAUACUCGGUGAAACUGAACGUUAAACUUGCCCAUAGAAUAGUAGAGAAAUGCAUGUGCUAUUAUGAAUAUUUUAUUAUUUAUUAGCUAAAUUGGUUAAAAUAAAACAUGUACUAAAACAUA